AUUAUUUGGAGAUUGCUUAUUUUGUGCAAGUACUUCAUAAUGUAUUUUCCUUGUGCUCUUUUUGUAUUCUCUUUAUAAGGUGGACAUGAAUAUUUAAAAUGUGUUUGUCUAUGGGUGCAUUCUUUUCAGUCAGUCAUUGCAGUUUUAACUUUCUAUUUAUCUCAUCAUAACCUUCUCUGCUGUUCCACAAAUCUGGCCUGACCACUUGAUGUCCAUCCAGACUGCUCCGUCUCCAGCUUCAUCAGAAUCCCCCUUUACCUCCUGCCCUACUCUACCACCACCAGCCCACCCAUCUUCUCCUCUCUCUGCUCCAUUAUCUCCACAGGUCGGGGAUCAGAUUCUGGAGGUCAAUGGACGAAGUUUCCUCAGCAUCCCACACGAUGAGGCUGUACAAGUGCUGAAGUCUACACAGCACCUGAUGAUGACGGUGAAGGAUGUCGGGCGACUGCCACAUGCCCGCACCGUAGUGGGCGAGACAAAGUGGAUCACAAGCUCACAGAUUACAGACAGCUCGGCCAGCAGCAGUGUCACAGGACUCUCUCUGGACCAGGGAGCAUCAGCAUCAGGAAAGGGUGGCUUUUAUAAAGGUGUGGCGGGAUCUCAGGUGACUCUGUCCAGUUUGGUGAACCAGAGCAGGGCCAUGCUGGAGGAGCAGGCCAGACAUCUGCUGACCGAACCGGAGAGGCAGACCAUGGGUUACUACAUCCAAGAGUACCGUGAUGGUCACAUCGGUGUUGAGCAGCUGGUCAUGGCCCUCUUUGAGCUGUUCAAUACACAUGCCAAGUUUUCUCUGCUGUCAGAGGUGAGGGGGCUCGUGGCCCCUCAGGAUGUGGAGAGAUUUGACGGCCUGGUUCUGAGACGAGAGAUCGAGGCCCUGAAGGCGAGGCAAGGUGCCGGAGCUGGGUUUCAAGACUCCUUCUCUAUGGUUUCUUACCCUGACACACUGGCCUCCUCCUCAGCCAGCUUCAUGACCAACACCACCCUCAGCUCCGCACGGGAAAGACUCCUCUGGCUGAUAGAUAUGAUGGAGAAUGAUGAUGUUGCAGAGAACAACGGGGAACAGUCUCUCGGGCGUAGCAAUGCCCUUCCAGACAUCUCUCUGGAUGAGGUUCAUUCCACCUCAGAUUCCCCUCCUUCCUUUAAACCUCCUCCUCCCCCAGGGCUUCAGCGCCGGCCCGGUCGAAAAGCCACGCUUAACAAACGUCCCUCUUCUAGCUCCUCCCAAUCGGGCUUGUACUUCACUGCCCCUUCUCGUUCCCAGAGCAAAGAACCCAAACACCCAAAAGCACCCAAACCUCAAACAUCUCCUCUUGAAACCCUCAAAAUAGAUGUCCCUGCACCUCAACUUUCAGUCGUGAGUCAGCAUACUAUCGGACCGUUCCCCCGGGUCCAGUCUCCUAGUAAGGCGAAGCCUGCUGCUGUCCAAUCCUCAUCUCCAAUUCCUCCACCCGCCCCUAAUGUACCUGCGCCACCUGGGCCGCCACCUCCUCCUCUUCCGGCCCCCGUCCCAGAUAAGCCCGCCCCUUCUUCCCCAGCAUCCAAUCAGCAUUUUGUCAUGGUGGAGGUGCACAGGCCCAACGCAGAGCCUGAUGUGAACGAGGUGCGGCCGCUGCCACAAGCUCGAGGAGGGACAUUAUCCCAGCUGUCAGACAGCGGACAAACCCUCAGCGAGGACAGUGGUGUGGACAUUGCCGAAUCUGGACGUCUCAGUAAGGAUAGCAGCCCACGUCCCGCCCGCACCAGAGCCCCACAGGAUGGGCACGGAGGAGGAGAAACAUCUGCCAAACCGCCGGGUCUGUUGGAGCCUACAUCCACUCUAGUGAGAGUGGCAAAAAGCGCCAGUACUCUGGGCAUCGCAAUAGAAGGAGGGGCAAACACACGUCAGCCCCUCCCACGCAUCGUUACCGUACAGAGAGGUGGUUCGGCUCAUAACUGUGGACAGUUGAAGGUGGGUCAAGUGAUCCUUGAGGUAAAUGGAGUGUCUCUCAGAGGAAAGGAGCAUCGGGAAGCCGCACGUCUCAUCGCAGAGGCCUUUAAAACCAAAGAGAAGGACUACAUUGACUUCUUGAUCACAGAGUUCAAUGUUGCUCUAUAAGACCGUAUGAGUCCCAUGAUGCUGAUGGAAUAAAAGAGCACUGGGACGCACCACGACC